GCGGAGGCUGUUGUAGGUGGGGGGGGCGCCCCGAGCCGAGGAUCGCCCUUGUCCCGUCGCCGCCGGCCGCGCCUCGCCGCCUUCCCUCCCUCACUGCCCACAUCCGUUCCUCCGUCGCCGCGGCCUCAGCGCGACCAUGUCCAAGCGGCACCGGCUGGACCUCGGGGAGGAUUACCCCUCCGGCAAGAAGCGUGCGGGGACCGAUGGGAAGGAUCGAGAUCGGGACCGGGACCGUGAAGAUCGUUCCAAAGAUCGUGACAGAGAACGUGACAGGGGAGAUAGAGAGAGAGAAAGAGAGAAAGAGAAGGAAAAGGAAUUGCGUGCCUCUACUAAUGCUAUGCUCAUUAGUGCUGGAUUACCACCUUUAAAAGCAUCGCAUUCAGCACAUUCAACACACUCAACACACUCAACACAUUCAACACAUUCUGCUCAUUCAACACACACAGGACAUGCAGGACACACAUCACUUCCACAGUGUAUUAAUCCAUUCACUAAUCUACCCCACACCCCUCGUUACUAUGACAUUCUAAAGAAGCGGCUUCAGCUCCCUGUUUGGGAAUAUAAGGAUAGGUUUACAGAUAUUCUUGUUAGGCAUCAGUCCUUUGUACUAGUUGGUGAGACCGGCUCUGGUAAAACAACCCAGAUCCCUCAGUGGUGUGUUGAGUACAUGCGCUCCUUACCGGGCCCCAAGAGAGGAGUGGCCUGCACACAGCCCAGGAGAGUUGCUGCAAUGAGUGUGGCUCAGAGAGUUGCUGAUGAAAUGGAUGUGAUGUUGGGCCAGGAAGUCGGGUACUCCAUUCGAUUUGAAGACUGCAGUAGUGCAAAAACUAUUCUCAAAUAUAUGACAGAUGGAAUGUUACUUCGAGAAGCUAUGAAUGAUCCCCUUCUAGAGCGCUAUGGUGUUAUAAUCCUUGAUGAAGCUCAUGAAAGGACCUUGGCCACAGACAUUCUCAUGGGAGUUCUGAAGGAAGUUGUGAGGCAGAGAUCAGAUUUAAAGGUUAUUGUUAUGAGUGCUACUUUAGAUGCGGGGAAAUUUCAGAUUUACUUUGAUAAUUGUCCCCUUUUAACUAUCCCUGGCCGUACACAUCCUGUCGAGAUUUUUUAUACUCCAGAACCAGAGAGAGAUUAUCUUGAAGCAGCAAUCCGAACUGUGAUACAGAUUCAUAUGUGUGAAGAGGAGGAAGGGGAUCUUCUUCUUUUUCUUACUGGACAAGAGGAAAUUGAUGAAGCCUGUAAGAGAAUAAAGCGUGAAGUUGAUGAUUUAGGUCCAGAAGUUGGUGACAUUAAAAUCAUUCCUUUGUAUUCCACACUUCCACCUCAACAACAACAGAGAAUUUUUGAACCUCCUCCUCCAAAAAAACAAAAUGGAGCAAUAGGACGAAAGGUAGUAGUGUCAACCAAUAUUGCAGAGACAUCACUAACAAUAGAUGGUGUUGUGUUUGUCAUCGACCCUGGAUUUGCAAAACAAAAGGUAUAUAAUCCUCGUAUCAGAGUGGAGUCUCUUUUGGUGACAGCAAUCAGCAAAGCUUCUGCCCAGCAAAGAGCUGGUCGAGCUGGCCGUACAAGGCCUGGAAAAUGUUUUAGACUUUAUACAGAGAAAGCCUAUAAAACUGAAAUGCAGGACAAUACUUACCCUGAAAUUUUGAGGUCUAAUUUGGGUUCAGUGGUGUUACAGUUGAAGAAACUUGGUAUAGAUGACUUGGUACACUUUGAUUUUAUGGAUCCACCAGCUCCUGAAACUCUGAUGAGAGCCCUAGAGCUUUUGAAUUACCUAGCUGCUUUAAAUGACGAUGGAGACUUGACUGAAUUGGGAUCCAUGAUGGCAGAAUUUCCAUUGGAUCCACAGCUCGCUAAAAUGGUUAUUGCAAGUUGUGACUACAACUGUUCUAAUGAGGUCCUAUCUAUUACUGCUAUGUUGUCAGUCCCACAGUGUUUUGUUCGCCCCACGGAGGCCAAGAAAGCAGCAGAUGAAGCCAAGAUGAGGUUUGCCCACAUAGAUGGAGAUCAUCUGACACUGCUGAACGUUUACCACGCUUUUAAACAAAAUCAUGAGUCGGUUCAGUGGUGUUAUGACAACUUCAUUAACUACAGGUCCCUGAUGUCUGCAGACAAUGUACGCCAGCAGCUGUCGCGAAUCAUGGACAGAUUUAAUUUGCCUCGUAGAAGUACAGAUUUCACAAGCAGAGACUAUUACAUUAAUAUAAGAAAAGCUUUGGUUACUGGGUAUUUUAUGCAGGUGGCACAUUUGGAACGGACAGGGCAUUACUUAACUGUAAAGGAUAACCAAGUAGUGCAGCUACAUCCUUCAACUGUUCUGGAUCACAAGCCAGAAUGGGUGCUUUACAAUGAAUUUGUCCUGACAACAAAGAAUUAUAUCCGGACAUGUACAGAUAUUAAACCGGAAUGGUUGGUGAAAAUUGCCCCUCAAUAUUAUGAUAUGAGCAAUUUCCCACAGUGUGAAGCGAAGAGACAGUUGGACCGCAUCAUUGCCAAACUCCAGUCCAAGGAGUACUCACAGUACUGAAGCAAGCGCGUGGAGCUGAGACGAAUGAACUCAAAGCUCAAGUUGUGCUCUUCACGUUGGUUCAAUAAUGGCCUUUAUUUGAAAGCUUUUUAAUUUUUCUUUACAGUAAAUAUUCCAUUCUGAUUUCAUAAAUUAAACAUUUAUGCCUCCUUUUUGUGUUGACACUGUAGCUCAUACUGGAAAAGUCGAUCAAUGUUUUGCAGUUUAUUGAAAGUAGUUCUAUAUAUAUAACAAUGUUAUAAGCAUUUCUUUAGAAAUGGUUGAAAAUGCUUCUAAAAUGUGAUUAUCGACCAUGGUAUGCAUGAUCGUUGUAAUUGUUGACAUUCCUUUUAGAAGUUGUGAAAUGUUACAACUUGUGCUUAUGUAGACACAAUCUUCGGUCUCAGUACAGAGGCAAUGACUUCAAUAAAGUCUAUUUAUACUAA